AUGAUAGGCAUUAUGGAGCAACAGAAUGAGAACAAAUCACUCGAAGAAAAUUAUCAUCAUUAUACCCUUUUUGAUAUCACCGUGGACCCUGGUCUAAAAGAUGAUGUCGGUAAUGAAUUGCCAAGACCUUUUAAUAAAAAUCAAAUGAGAAAGUGGUUAAAAAAAGUCAGAUGGGAAAAACACAAAUCUGAGAAGCGUAUUAAAGAAAAGGCCAGAGCAAAAGAGAGAAAGCGUGAAGCCCGUGCAGCAAAUAUAGAUUUAGGUCCUAAUAGAAAAAUGUUGAAGAAAAUGAAGCUAGAAAAAGUUAAAAGUAAUGUUGGUAUAAUAUUAGACCUAAGUUUUGACCACUUAAUGAUUGAGAAGGAUAGGUAUAAAGUUAUAAAACAACUUUUAAGGUGUUAUUCAAUUAAUAGAAGGUCGGAAUCACCACUUCAGUUUCAUGUUACUAGCUUUGGUGAGAAAAUAAAGGUUGAUAUUUCACGACACAAUGGCUACGAACAUUGGGAUAUAGAAUACCAUGAAGAAUCAUACAUAGAUGUCUUUCCAAAGGAGAAACUGGUAUACCUCACAAGUGAAUCAGAAAAUGUUAUUGAAAGUUUUGAAGACAAUAAGCUUUAUAUUAUUGGAGGUCUGGUUGAUCAUAACCAGCAUAAGGGUUUGUGUUAUAAAUUGGCAGUGAAACAUGGUAUCCAACAUGCCCAGUUACCACUUGACAAAUAUGUUAAUAUGAAAACAAGAAAGGUCUUAACUAUCGAUCAUGUUUUUGAGAUAGUGUUGCGAAUUUGUGAAGGUAUGCAAUGGGAGGAGGCUCUGCUAAAAGUACUACCUUUGCGAAAGGGUGCACAUUUAUGCCAGUCACUUAGUAAUUCAACUUCUAGUUUAGAUACUAGUUAA